AAAAAUACCACUAUAUAAAUGAUCGUCUACUUAUAGAGACCAUAUGCAUAUCACUCACAAAGCAAAUUAGCAAUGGCUCACAAAAUUUUCCUCAUUUCUUCUUUAUUCGUCCUUGCAAUAUUCACCCCAAAAAUCCAAGCUGUGGAUUACUCUGUCACCAACACGGCCUCAAACACCCCUGGUGGUGCCCGUUUCGACCGGGAUAUCGGUGCUCAAUAUAGUCAGCAAACACUUACAGCUGCCACUUCCUUCAUAUGGAAUACUUUCCAACAGAAUUCUCCUGCUGACCGUAAAAAUGUGCAAAAAGUUAGCAUGUUUGUCGAUGACAUGGAUGGAGUAGCUUACGCUAUCAACAAUGAGAUUCAUGUUAGCGCUAGGUAUAUACAAGGUUACUCUGGUGAUGUCAGGAGAGAGAUCACCGGGGUAUUAUACCACGAGAGCACCCAUGUUUGGCAGUGGAAUGGGAAUGGUGGGGCUCCUGGAGGAUUAAUUGAAGGAAUUGCGGAUUAUGUGAGGCUCAAAGCUGGUCUUGGACCAAGCCAUUGGGUGAAACCAGGUCAGGGUGACCGUUGGGACCAGGGCUACGAUGUGACUGCUCGAUUUCUUGAUUACUGCAAUAGCUUGAGAAAUGGAUUCGUUGCAGAACUUAACAAAAAGAUGAGAAGUGGUUAUAGUAAUCAGUUCUUUGUUGAUUUGCUAGGGAAGACUGUUGAUCAACUUUGGAGUGAUUACAAAGCUAAAUAUCGCGCAUAACUUAACUUAAAGAAAUUAUGAGGAACAUCAUUUAUUUACUUUUGUACCAAUACAGGCUAUUUUUGUCAUGGUCUUGUUGAAGAAUAUAGUUGCAACAAUAAUAAUAAAAAUAAGAAUAAGGGGUUGAUUUAGUUAUA